UACCAGUUCGUCACCAAAUCGUAUCGCGCUGUGCUUCUGAGUAGCAUUACGCUAGGAAGAGAGGGAGGGAGGGGAUCCGUGCUCCGUGCUACUAUCAAAGAGGAAAGGGAAACCGAAUCUGCCAAGCCCUUUUUUUUUCGAAAGUUGGAUGCUUUUCACUUUCAGGACUGGGAUCGAAUACCCCUCCCUUUAUUCCGCUCUCAGCUGGAGUAUGGGCGAAUUUCAUUACGCAUCCAUUGUAGUUCCUCAAAAGCCACAGAUGAUAAGGAAUGGCAGCUCAGCUACUUGUCCUGAGAGGAAAAGGAGAUGGCUACUUGGACUAACUCACUUUACCCUCGCUAGUUUGUGACAUGGUGUAAGAUUCACAGUUUGUUCCAAGUAAGAAGACGCCAAAUCAUAUACUAGCCAUCAUCAGACGAGAGGGAGAACCAGCGAGGACUGCCAAGAAGAUGCUGAAGAGACUGCUGACGAAGACUAAGAGCAAGAAGAAGAAGGAGGCUGCCUCCUCUGCCAUACCGACGUUGGAUCGGCUCCAUGAGACUCUAGAGAUGCUGGAGAAGAAGGAGCGUUUCCUCCAGAAGAAAUGUUCCGCGGAAAUAGAGAAGGCGAAGGAUUACACAAAAGCGAAGAACAAGAACGCCGCAAUCCAGUGCCUAAAGAAGAAGAAACUGUACGAGACACAGAUCGAGCAGCUAUCGAAUUUCCAGCUGCGAGUCCAUGACCAGAUCAUAAUGCUCGAAAGCGCCAAGGCGACCACGGACACUGUCGACGCUCUGCGCUCGGGGUCAUCUGCUGUCAAGGCGAUGCAGCAAUCAGUCAACGUGGACGACAUCGAGAAGGCGAUCGAGGAGGCGAACGAGCAGACGGAGAGCAUGCGGGAGAUGCAGCAGGCACUUGCGACGCCGAUUGGCGCUUCCGCUGACUUCGACGAGGACGAGCUAGAAGCGGAGCUGGAAGAGCUGGAGGAGGAGGAGGAGGAGGAGGGGGAGAUCGAGGACGAGCUGCCUGAGCCGCCGGCGAGGCGGUCCGUGGAACCAUCGGCGAAAGCGGCGGCGGCGUCUUCUAGACAGGGCAGUGAUGUGAGCGAGCUGACCAGGCUUCAGGCAGAGAUGGCCCUCUAGCUGUCUAGCAGUGAUGUGAUGUGAGCGAGCUCGUCGUUGCGCCUGUAUUGUACACACGUGUUUUGCUGUAAAUUCAUCUUGUUCUAGAAGACAAGACACGGCAUAGAUGAGAGAAUCUAGUCGGUGUCCGGCGGACGAUGCCAGCCGGCAGAAGCAGUUUGACUUUGACGGUCUCGGAUUGCGGUCCAUUGUUCCAACAGAUACGAUGCGAUAUCAUUAUUCUUAUACUCUAUCAUGUAAAAUGCAAGAAUUGCCAAGAUGUUCUAAGAUCA